UUUUACGCAGAGGCAUUCCGUGCAUUCUCAUUGUGUUUUUUCGUGGCUUCUGACAGUGAGUAGCCUAAACUAAGGCCGCCUGUGUGUACACGAAGGGGCGCAAUGGCCCCUGGUAAUUUGGCGGUUCAAGCCAAAUACACCUCGGCCUGGAACAGAUUCAAUUAAAUAGUCAAAAAGUUGUUGCCACCACGGGCUGCACGCGCUGGAGCGAUGUUUGACAUUCCAACCUACGCCAUAUGCUAAAUUUGUUUGCUUGUUGACUCGCGCGUUUUCAAUUAAAAGCACACACCUACACUCCGGCAUUUCCGCGAAUCCCAUGUGAUCGUCUAGCUCUUGUGACAAAAUGUUAUUUAGCAAGGGGCGCGUUAACAUUUCUUACGAGCAGAGUUAAUUGAGGGUGAAGUUUUAGCGGUGCGAAAAUUAAAUCACACCGCUCUUAGAUGACACGACGGAUUGAUAUAAACAGUAGGAGAGCGAAGUGGCGUAGAGAAGAUCUCAAGCUAACAGACCUAGGGAGUAGGGGUAACGGGCCGUUUCUCGGAGAAGAGUAAAAGAUAUUUUCGCUCCAAGCCCGUCAGUUAGUCCAACAACUCUGGCAGUGCUAUAGGUGUAGACGCGAGUGGGGCCAUCAACAUCAUGGCUACAUUCAAAUGUGUAAAAACGAAAAAGGAACGGUGGUUGCUAACUCGAAAAACAUGGCGCUACAUGGCCGAUGCAGGUCGAAAACUGAUUCCGGAAGGUGCUACCAACAGGGCCGAGGACCUGCCGGCCAUCGAGGCCAACUUCCAGGAGGUAUGCAAGAAAGAAAAGCGGUUCCUGCUGUGGCGCAAGAGCUCUUACCCGAGUGCCCUGAAGCCCUCGCGGAGUCAGCGGGCGGCGGCCAGGGGCGGAAAGGUGGGUGCCAAGGAUCGAGCGGGCUCGACCACGGAACUAGAGUUAGGCAUCCUGACCGCGCGUCUCCGGGGUGCGAGGAACAGUCUGCCAGGUGACUCUCUGGAAGAGGAAAUCAACGAGUGGGAAGAUGUCGAGACGCCGCGCUUGGCCGCCAAGGUCGACAAGGGUGACAAAGGCGACAAGGCCGACAAGAAGCCACCUUUUUGGAACCGGCCCAAAAGCCAAAAGGCCAAGGGCUCGUCGGAGAGUAUGCAGGCGUUAACCGCUGGACAGGAUAGCGGCGGAACGGAAUUUGCACCCUACAAAAAAUCGGUUCUGCAGGAGAGCCAGGCCGGCGCGAUUGGUGCCGGAAGAAAAAUCAGGUACGGCGCUGGUAGCCUGCCUGACAACAGCAGCCCUGACCGUGAAUGUGUGCGGCUUAGGCACGUGGAGAGAGACGACAGGGACAUUCGGACUGAAGGUGUUAGAGAAUCGUGGUUCAAGGGUGCCAUUCGAAGAAGUGAGACCGCCAUCCACGACUUUCAACAGACGGCGGCCUCUAGAUUUUCCAAACCGCGGAACGUCGACAGGUCGAAUUCCGUGGACGAAACUAACUUAGAGACUUUAAUCAGUGACGACGAUGGCGACGCUUACGAAAGUGGUCAAGUUCAGUCGAGCCACUCGAGAAAUUACGAACUUAGGCAGAACAUGACCCUUCCAGGUCUAUCCCUGUCGCGGCCCGGAAAUUAUCCGUCGGCAGGGCAGGUGCAGUCGAAAGAGCGGAUGACUAGGCGGACGUCCAAAAGCGACUUUUUUAGUUUUCAGUCGCAUCUGACCAACUGGAGAAACAGCCCUUCGGAUGAAAGCAAACCCUACGUGCCUUCGACUUCGAGUGUGAGCAAAGGCAGUGGAUACCACCACAGCUCGGACGGCGGCGCUUUGAGUCCCAAGUCUUUUGCCGACCUACGCCCAACACCUUCUUCGACCUCUUCCAGAGACACGCAGACGUACGAGUCGUUAAGGUACUCGUACAAACCCUCCGAUCUGAAACCCACCUUCAAGGACAAAAGAGUCACCGCGACCGCAGAGGGAGAUAAAAAGGCUGAGAGAGUGCCGGAGGCCGGCGCCAAAAUUUGUGAUCAAGGAGUGCAAACUCUAGCAAUUAGUGACGCGAUAAUGGCCGUCAUAGAUCUCAAAGUAAUUAACGAAAUUAAAGAGGUGGCUCCUGAGUCAGGUACGCAGUCUCCCGUGCCGCAGGAGACGCCGCCGAAAAACACUUCGCAGACCUCCACGCCGCGAAGGGCGAGCGUCGACCGCGGCAACACGGUCGACGACUGCAGCCCGUCCGUCGGCGACAAACUAAUGCGCUACCUGAAAAUGGCGCGCAAAAAGAAUGCGAAUGAUAAGCCGGACCGGUUUAAAACCGUCAACUACGACCGCAAUCUGAGGUUCAUCAAGGCGAAAGGUCCGAUACAGGACGAAAACGAGAAGUGGGUGCAGACGAACGAGAGUUGGCUCAGCAUGCCGGAUGAUCCGAAUUUAUUCGACGAGUCGGCAGUUUUCAGUUCCGACUCGUCGGAUUUGGGCUUUUCAAGCAGGGACAGUUUUGACGCAGGCGAGAUGUCACAGGGUCAGAGUUUUCUGUCACAACUUUUCAGCGGUCUGCAGCACGCAGCAGCAAUGCAGAAGUCCAAGUCCUCAUCUCACGUCGGCCACCAUGGAUCGAGAUUAAUGGCCAAGAAAAUAUGGAGAACGCGAUCAAAGAGCCAGAGUAGGGCCACCCCGUCCUCUACGUCAUUGUGGACACCACAGGGCCAGUGCAGAUGGACAAGCGUAACUGGAAAAACUGUGAUUCUCCCAGGAAGUUCCCUUCUCCAAUUAACAGACAUCGAAAGGAUCGUCUUGCAACAGGUCGCUCUUGCCAAGUUGCAGCAGCUCAAUUUGGGCGUCAACAUUCGCGUUCCCCCAGAUGAAAGUACGACCCCCGCUGCCAAGCCGAAAAGGAGGCCGUAUCUUUUGAAGAGGAAGGCUUUGACGACUGGCUUUUUUGACACUGGCAGGAAAGAUGAAAAUAAAGAAAAAGAUGGUGCCAAUUUGGUGUUUGGCAUUCCCCUGGUGCAGUGCAUCGCCAACGACCGGCUCAGCGAGGGCAGGACCGAGCUGCGGAGGCGGUCGCACCACGGCAGCAGAACCAGUUGCUCCUCGCUGGCCGAGGCGGCCAAGCCUGAGAAGGGCGGUUCCUGUGAAUCAUUACCCGCCGGUCUGCUCGAAGUUGCCGCCGACGAGGAGCCAAUCUCGCCUUCUGUGCCGCACCUAGUCUCAACCUGUUGCAACCACAUAUCAAAGUACGGUCUCAACACCUUGGGCAUUUUCCGUGUGAGCAGUUCAAAAAAGCGCGUGCGACAGCUGAGAGACGACUUUGACAGCGGCAGGGACGUCGAGAUGCCACCCGACCUGUGCCCGCACGACGCUGCAACGCUCCUCAAGGAGUUUUUCCGCGACUUGCCGGACCCGUUGAUGAGCAGAGAACUUUACCCCGCCUUUAUUCAAACCCAACGAAUAAGAAAUCGUCGUUUGCAGUUGGAGGCGUUGUGCCACUUAGUGCAGCUUCUGCCCGCCGUCAAUAGGGAUACUCUAGCCACGCUUUUGGCUUUCCUAAACAACGUUUCACAAAACGCGACGGAUAGAAGAAGCGAUGCUGGCGAGGUCGUGCCUGGCAACAAAAUGGACAGCACAAAUUUGGCCACCUUGUUCGCACCGAAUAUUCUGCACUGUUUCAAGCCGGGCGCGAAGGAGGUUGACAAACCAGAAGAGCGGUCGGACGCCAUCAACGUGACGAGAUCUCUAAUUGAUCACUACGCAGAGGUGUUUGAAGUGUCCGCCGAGCUGCUGGACGAGAUGUACGUUCACAUGAUGGACAGUCACCCAGACACCCUGGACCAGCUACUUAGGAAGCUCUGCUACGGCAGCGACGAUUUGGCUGACGAUGGGGACAACAGCGUGUUCGAGGGUAGUGAAGGUGGUUCUUCAGUACCGCGAACCCCCACGGAUGGAACUCUUACUCCAGUCUCCAACACAGCAGACGAGCCUCAGAGGAGCUGGGCUGACUCACCUAAAAAAGUUUGGACGCGCGAAGAGUUCCUUCACGAAACAGCCGGCAUGGGAGGACCAGAUGUAGGAAAUAGUCAUAGAGCGAGAGAACGAUCCAAAAAGCGGGGCAAGGAGGAAGAAACGCCCACACGCUGGUUCCAAGGCUCUCGGAAGCGCGAGAAAAGUUCGUCGGAAGAAGGUCGGCGGCGACGGUCGGGCGGCAGCGAGCCGACCACCCCCAUUUCCAGCCCGCCAACCCUCAGCUUUCCUUCGUCGCGCUCUCCGUCCUUGGACACGUCGGGGGUGAUCACUGCCAGCCUCAAGAUCCCGUUCAGUUUGGACGAUAUUCCGUACAUUGAGGACGAGAGGACCACAAGAAGCAGACCAAGUACAGAUUCGGCCAUCGGAUCUACCCUUAGCCCUGUUUCAGGGGCGAGCUCCCCUUCGGAUGAAGGAAUAACAGGGCGAAUCCUCAUCCCAACAAAGAUUUCCAUAGAACCUAAGGACAAAGAAGAUGGAGGCAAAACCAAGUUGAUGACAUCUUCAGAGUCCAAGGUGCAAGUCGUGACCUCUGGGUCAAAGGUCACGACCACCAUGCACACAGUGUUGCGCAAGAUCGAACGCACGCCGUCAGGCAAGGAAGAAAAGAAGAAGUACACGCGGCGGCGCUACUCGGACACAAGGCACCAGACCACGAAUUUCCCGGACGUUGAGGUCCUGGAAAGCGCGGCCGCGGCAGACUCGAAUCGGGCCUCGCAGAAAUGGAAGCGGCGCGAGCUCAUCGCCAGUGACCCCAAGGAACACGAGACAUUCGUUUAAUUGCACUGCGCAAGCGGCUUAUCUUGCCGCCGGAAAAGAAGGGUGAAUGUCGGUUUAUUCGAGUGAGAAAGUGCACAUUAUUUUUUUAUAUUUACGAAGAGUGCUACAGCAGCGCGCCGUAACUGGACACGCGGUGAUUUUUUGGUGAUCUGUUUCGUGAUAUUCAUUGAAUCUGUCGACGUCAAUCAAAUGGAAAUCUUAUCUCAACUGAAUGUGCAAAAAUUGAAUUAAAUUAAAAAUCAAUGCUUACAGA